AUGGUGGCCCUAUUUGUGCUUUUGUCUUUUGGGUUGAUAUGCUGUCGACUAUCGGAAGUGGACGGUUUCUCGUUGUCGUGUCCUCGUACCGGUAGAUGCGCUCGUUCUCAAGACCAGAAUCUUUUUGCAACAAAGGAGCCACACUUGGAAGAUGGCAACAAGAAUGGUGGAUCUACCAAUACGAGGCGAGCCUUUUUGAUGGAACAAGCAGUGACUUCUAUGGCCGGGACGGUGGCAGGAAUUUCUCUCCCACAACUAGGUUUUGCAAUGGUGGUGGAAGAUAACAACAGCGAUAAUGAUUUCAUCAAGGAGCUCAAAGCUCGGUCAGAGAGAAACCGUGAAAAAUACAAUCGGGAGGCUCGCACAGCUGGAAAGUUGGACAAAUCAAGUCUGGACCAUAGACCAUCAUUUGUGGGCAUCCGAAGGGUCGAUGGAACCUUCAAAAUCGUCAGUCCAGAGGCACUGGAGGAUCUAAAGGCCCAAGGACUCGUCAUUGAAGAAUAUGAUACUGUCACAAACCGGGUUGGAGAAGUCAAGGUCAACACAAAAAAAGGAAAGAUAUUGCAGUUCCCAAAUGCCCAAGCACAAGCCGAAGCGGAGAAGCAACUGGCGUCAUCCAAGUCACUCUCAACGGAAGCACCAGAAGCACCUCCAAUGACGACAACAACAACAUCAACUCAUGAACCUAUGCAAGCCAGUGCUCCUGAGCCACAACAAACGGUGCCUGCCACUGAGAGUAGUACCGCGCCAAAUGCAGCCCCUCUUUCUCAAUCAGAACCUACGCCAAUACCAGAACAGCAACAAGCCCCAGAACCCACGCCAUCAGUGGAGCCUGAGCCACCAUUGAGAACAGUGGAGCCUCCAAGACCAGCUCCACAACAGCUGGCCGAGACAGCUUCACAGCAACAACCUGAUUCUGUGGCAGAAUCAACACCACAACAACAACUGCCUGACUCGACUCCAAAGGAAGUGCCUGAAUCAACCCCACAACAACAACAACCAGCUCCAGAACCGAUAGUAGAAGAAAAGGCAGCACCAGUUCCAGAGUCUGUUCCACCGGAAACAGUGGCUGUAGCACCACAGGAAAACUUGAAACAAGAACCAGCAAUUCCUGCACCAGUCCCUGUACCUAAACCUGCACCUGCACCUGCACCAGAACCUGCACCAGCCCCUGCCCCUGUACCUGCACCUACACCAGAACCUGCACCUACACCAGAACCUGUAAGAGCCCCGGAACCAUCACCUGCACUAGAGCCAGAAUCUAUUCCAGCCCCUUCACCUGCGCCACCGCCACCACCGCCGUCCGAAGUAGCAGCACUUCCUGCUGCAGAGUGA